AUGCUGGAGGUCAACAACGAGACCGUCGCCCUUAUCCAGGAGCCGUGGAUAAGGAAGGGCAGAAUCUGCGGUCUAAACAACAUCGGAGACCUGACUACGGUCAGGCUCCAGAGUAACUGCGCCAGCAGCCCAGAGAUCAUCAUAGCGUCUGCCUACCUGCCGGGCGACGCGGACAUACCGACGGUCGAGCUGGCAAACCUCAUCCGACACUGCGAAAACAAGAAGCUUGAGCUGAUCGUCUCGGCGGAUGCGAACGCGCACCACAGGCUGUGGGGCAGCGAAUCUUCCAACAGACGAGGCUGCCAGGGUAAAAACAUCCUCUCCAGCGACCCCGCCAGAAAUAUAGGCUCCCUGAGGAAAACUGAUAACAGCUACACGACUACCGACAGUGAGACCUGCAAGCUGUUACUCGACACACACUUCCCCGAUUGCUCCGUCACGGAGGAGACUUCAUGGGGAGGGGCGGACAGGCAAAGGUUAGUACAACCAACUGCAGCCGCCGUGGACACUGCCACUAGAGCCGUAACACUGGAAAAGGUACUAUGGGCAAUAAACAGUUUCUCUCCAUACAAGGCAGCUGGGCUAGACGGCAUUUUUCCGGGACUCCUCCAGUGGGGUAAGGACAUCAUCGCGCCGCACCUAAUAGUAAUCUACAGAGCCUGCCUAAUUCACGGUUACAUCCCUGUGAAAUGGAGAGAAGUAAAAGUGGUAUUCAUACCCAAACCAGGUAAGAACGACUAUACGCAACCAAAGGCAUAUAGGCCGAUAAGCCUGACAUCCUUCCUACUAAAAACAAUGGAAAGGCUCUGCGAUCGCGAUCUCAGAGACGGGGCACUGUUGCGUAGUCCUCUUCACCACCAACAACACGCCUAUUCCUCAGGCAAAUCAACGGAAUCUGCACUACAUAGUGUGAUAUCACCAAUAGAAGAUGCUCUAUCAACUAAAUCAUCAGCACUUGUAGCCUUCAUCGACGUAGAAGGGGCUUUCGACAAGACGCAAUUCAACAGCAUAAGCCAAGCACUGCUAAACCAUGGCGCUGACCAGACCAUAUCCUCAUGGAUUGACAGCAUGCUAAGGAACAGAGCAGUGCAGGUAAACGUGAAUAGCAACACAAGAGCCAUUGUAUCCAGAGGCUGCCCGCAAGGAGGGGUAAUCUCGCCACUCUUGUGGAACCUCGUGGUAGACAGCCUCAUUAGAGCGCUCAACGAGGCCGGCUAUUAUACCGUGGGCUAUGCAGACGAUGUAGCUAUCCUCAUUAGAGGGAAGUUCGAGCCAGUCCUAUGCGACCUAAUGCAGGGCGCGCUCAAAAUCGUCGAACAAUGGUGCUCGGAGCAGGGACUAUCCGUAAAUCCAUCCAAAACUGAAUUAGUACUGUUCACGAAAAAGCGUAGUAUAAGGAACCUUCAGUUACCUAAGCUCCAGGGAGUGACACUAGCACUUACCAGAGAGGUAAAGUAUUUAGGUAUCACACUGGAUGACAAACUGCUAUGGAAUAAACAUCUUGAGAAUAAACUAGAUAAAGCCCGCAUCACAUUCUGGCAGUGCAAGAGACUUCUGGGUAAGACCUGGGGCCUUCACCCAAGAAUUACCAUGUGGUUAUAUACUGCAGUGAUACGGCCUAUUAUUGCAUACGGCGCUGUGGUUUGGUGGCCUAGAACCAAACUCACCACAGCGAGGAAUAAACUGCAGCGUUUCCAAAGGUUAGCAAGCAUUGCUACCACGGGCUGCAUGCGAACUACACCCUCAGAGGCCCUGGAGGUCCUUUUAGGACUACCGCCCUUGGACCUAUUCAUACAGCAAGAGGCGGCCUCCGCGGCGGUGAGGCUUAAAUCACUCAACCUCUGGGGUGCAUCGAACGGGGCUCACACCAUGAUCCUUAGGAACGCCAUUGAAUACCAACCACUAAUGAUGGCUCCUAACGACAGGGUACCCAAAGUAUACAUCUUCAACAGAAAAUACAACAUACAACUUGUUGAGGAGGAAAACGAUUGGUCGAGAAUACACGAACUACGCAUAUACACCGACGGUUCUAAAACCAAGACAGGGUCGGGUGCGGGCGUGUAUUCUCCCGAAAUAAACACGCAUAUCUCAACAGCCUUAGGCGAGUAUAGCUCCAUCUACCAAUGUGAAUGCUUCGCCAUUAUACAGGCUGCCAACGCAGUAGCUAAGCGGCGUAUCACAAACCAAGAGAUACGCAUCGUGUCUGACAGCGCUGCAGUACUGCGAGCCCUAGAUAGCAAGACCAUUCAGUCCGGGCUCAUACUAGAGUGCCACCGAGCAUUGGAGGUGAUAGGGUCAAACAACCUAGUCACGCUACAAUGGAUAAAGGGGCACAGCGGCUCUCUAGGGAACGACGCAGCAGACGAGCUGGCCAGAAAAGGUUCGGACCAGAAAGCGACUGGGCCAAUCCCGAUGCUUCCCUUACCGUUUGGUCAACUCAGGUCAUGGAUGCGUCAAAAAACCAGAACACAACACGCUGAGCAAUGGGCAAACACCAGUACCUGUAGACAUUCCCGGGAAGUAGUGCCACACCCGGAUGCGCGCUUAACAAAGCGCCUACUAACUCUGAAUAGAGCAUCGCUACGAAUAAUCGUAGGCAACAUUACUGGACACUGCCCACUUAACAAACAUUUACAUGUUAUAGGUAAGACCGACAGCCCUCUAUGCCGAGGAUGCCUGUCGGCCGAAGAAACGGUCGCCCACGUCAUCCUGGAGUGCGAGGGAGUGAACACACAACGGGCUCAAAUCCUCAAAACGACGAGGUCACUCCGAGAAGCCUGUGGAGACACCAGGAGGAUCCUGCGCUUCUGGGCGGAGUUAGGCUGGCUGGACCCCUAGCUGGCAAAUACAGCACGCACAAUGGCCUCUAUCUUUGAGGCUAAGUGCGGAAACCGGAGCCCAUAACCAUAACCAUAACCAUAUUCGUGAACUACUCAGUAAGCACUUUCAUUCGAUACCCCACACGGCAUGGUUUGAUGAAAAAAAUUUUUUUCUUUGUAUGCGAUUUUUGAUUGCCGGGGUGCGGGGAAGGGGACCACAAAACUGGUUGGCAACAUGUGUUUAUA